CGCCCGGGGCACCCUCCUGUGCGGGGCAGCGGGACGGAGUCCGCGGGGGACGCUGCGGAGCCCUUGGGUCCCGCGGGCUCUCGCUGGCGGCCCUGUCCAGCGCGGCUGCCGCGCUCCACCCCAGAGGUGGCUGCAUGGGCAGAAGCCCUGGCCGCGGGGAGGGCGGAGCGGGCCGAGGCUGGGUACAGGGCGGUCCCCGCUGAACUCUCCUUAGGUCGGGGGAGGGGGCCUCUGGAUUGACCCCGUGUCCGAUGGGGGGGCUGGUUAUGGGGCAAAUGUCUGCUCCCAGCAGCCCAGCCCCCCCGGAGAGCGCCACGGCCUGGUCUCCAGGGCGCUGGGCUGUCGCUUCGCUGGGCCCCGAUCCCGGCCGGGGGCCCCCCCGGGCUGUCGCCCCUCAUUGCGGUGAGGUGGCAAGUGGGUUCCCCUCCCCGCUGUUGGGGCUGGGUUUGUGGAGAUGUAGCUGAGGGGGGAUGCAGGGAACUGUGCCAGGGAGUUGUCCCCCCUCCGGGUCACCCCCUGCCCUUGUGCUCUCCUCAGGUGUCCCUACACGGUGGGUCUGGUGGGAUCCCCUUUGCGCCUUCCCACUCGUGUGGGGCUGGGGCAUGGCUAACGCGCCAGGGCUGGUGUUCGGUGCCGCGGGGUCUGUUUGGGCGGCCCCUGGGCUGGUCCCUCUGAGCUGCGCCAAGGCCGCUGUGCGACUGAGUUGUUGCUUUGUAGGUGUUUGCCCUGGUCUCCCCAGGGUGGGCUGGGUGCCCCCUGCUGCCCCUUGCACUCUGCAGCCCCUGGCCCUGCAGGCUUGUUGGCACUUGUUUGCCCUUGGGCAGCAUCCGCCACACGUGAUGUUUAUUUCAUGCUGGGCCCACCAGCCCCUGGGGGGGGGGGUAUAAAUAGGGGCUGACGCUGGCCAGGGCCGGGACAGGUGCACGGCCCUCCAGGGCAGCAAGGCACGGCCGGAAUGCCAGCCGCAGCCAGCGGGACGCCUGGGCAGCAGUGACGGGAGAUGGCAGAGCAGGAACUAGACACCCCCCUUCCCCUGGGCGUAUGGGGCCCAGCCAGUGCCACCUGGGCUGGGGAGGCCGAGCCAGCCAGGGAGAGAGUGAUCCAGGGAGAGCCGUGCACAGCCCAGGGUCAGGCCUGCUAAGGGCCCAACCUGGGAAUGUCCCGUUCCCACUCCCACUUGGCAGAGCUAGGAGUGACAGGGUUCAUGGGGAGCUGGGCAGAGCACUUCCAGCCUCCUUCCCAGCGCCCAGCUCUGCCACUCACCCGCUAUGACCCCGGGCAGGUCCCUACCCUGCUCCGUGUCUGUUUCCCAGCUGUAGAGAUGGCCUGGCCUCUCAACACCCCCAGAGUUUUAAUUCAUGUUCCGUGCCCCCUGAGCCAGCCAGUCUCCAUCCUGGGGCCAGAUGGGAGCCAGCACCCCCCCAGAGGGGAAAGGCCCCACAUCCCAUUCCCCACCCCCCUGAGUCAGCCAGUUCAAGCCCUGGGGCUGGAGCCGGUGCCCCCCCAGAGGGGAAAGGCCCCAUGUCCCAUUCCCCACCCACCCUAGGGCCGAAUGAGAGAUACUGCCCCCAGACGGGAAAGCCCCUGUCUCCCAUUCCCUGCCCCCUGAGCCAGCCAGUCCCCACCCUGGGGUUAGAUGGGAGCCAGUGCCCCCUAGGUGGUAAAGGUCCCAGGUCCCAUUCCCUGCCCCCAUGAGCCAGCCAGUCCCUGCCCUGGGGGUGGAUUGGAGCUGGUGCCCCCCAGAGGGGAAAGGCCCCAUGUCCCAUGGGGAUGCUCCAUCUCCUACAUUUCAUGCCCUGGCUGCAUCCUCUACCUUUCCUGCCCCUCCUUCACCCCAGGUAAGUGGCGACAGGUAUGAGGGGAAGGUGCGGGCCUUCGAGGUGCUGGCGAGGGGAGCAGCGCAGGAGCCCGAGGGCUGGCGGCAUGGCGUGGCCAGGGUCCGGGAUGCCGUCAGUGAGGAGAAGCAGAAGGUGAAGGAAGAGAGGAGGAAGAAGCUUGAGACGUUCGACAGCACCCGUGUGCGGCUGGAGAGUCUCCAAGACCUGGAGGCGAUCGUGAGGCUGCGGAAGCACAAGAGGAGCCGGAAGAGGGUCCGCCCCAAGGAGCCCGAGCCGGCUGUGCCGGCUGAGCCUGUGGACGCUGCCCGGUUCCUGCAGGCGGUGCUGGAGAACCAGGUUCCCAUGAUUGACAAGUACCUGGCAGACGGUGGGGACCCCGAUGCUCACGACCAGUUCAGGUGCACGGCGCUGCACUGGGCCUGCCUCCGGGGCCAUGCAGAGAUCGUGGACAAGCUGCUGGCGGCUGGAGCCAAGCUGGAGCCCAGGGACAUGCUGGAGGCCACGCCUAUGCUCUGGGCCUGCCGCGGGGGGCACCUGGACAUUCUCCAACGCCUGCUGGACAGAGGAGCCAAGAUCUCCACGCGGGACAAGCUGAGGAGCACAGCGCUGCACGUGGCUGUCCGGACAGGGCACUGUGACUGCGCCGAGCACCUGAUCGCCUGUGGGGCCGAGAUUGAUGCACAGGACAAGGAGGGGGACACGCCCAUUCACGACGCCAUCCGGCUGGGCCGCUUCAAGGCUGUGAAGACCCUGCUGAUGUAUGGUGCCAACCUCAGCGUCCGGAACCAGGAAGCCCUGCGACCCGUGGACCUGGUGAAGGACUGGCAGAGGGGCAUCCGGCAAACCUUGCAGGCGUGUGCCGACCAGCAGCGCCCCCCUCGGCCGCACUGACGCAGCAGGACCAGCGUUCAAUCCCCUCCCCCACUACUGACCACUGAGGGGGUCUGGGCCCUGCCGUGAGCCACCUCAGUGCCCUCUGCAGGCCGUGCUCAUCCCUACACGGCUCCCAUGUCUGGCCAGGGGAUAGGGCCACCCGUCUCUGGAGGGCUCGUGGGGGGGCGGUGAGGUUUGAGCCGGACGCUCCCCUAUUCCUGGUUGUAUGGGGAUGUGUCCCUUUCCCUGGAGCUGCCCCUUGGCCAGGUGAGGCCCUUGCCAUCCCUUGGGGAAACUGAGGCAUGGAGGGGCUAAGACUUGCCCAUGGCCACACAGCCAGUUAGUGGGAGAGCUGGAGAUGAACCCAGGAGUCCUGCUGUUUUGCCCAGCCCCACUCCAACCACUAGGAGGCACCAUCUCCCCAUGGCCCGCACCACAAGGAGAGGAACUGCCCUGGGGGUCUGAGCAGACCCCCUCCCCCUUCUGAGCCCUGGCCUGGCCCCCUCCCGCUUCUGGGCAGGCAAGCCCUGCGGCCUUCCCGAGGCCAUGCUGGAAGGAACACUGCUGCCCCCCAGGGGUAGGCACCUGUUGCACCCCAGGGUUAGCUGGGGGUGGGGGCUGACUGCAGGAAGAGGCUGAGCCAGCCCUGGGGGUAGAAAAUGGGGCAGUGAGACGGGUCAGCAGGGCCCAGGCCAGCGCAGGUUCCUGGCUGCUGGAGGCAGGCGGCUUUCCUGGCCUGCCCUCGGCCGUCUCACGGUCACUCUGUGCCCUGGGCUGCCCCCUAAGGGUGUGCAGGCCUGGCCCCCAACCCCCUGGCUGGCAGGGCCUGGUGCCUGAGGGGCUCCUGCUGCUGCUCCCCCCCAGCCCCUCACCUCUGCCCAUGGCGGCAGCUGCACCCAGCCUCCUGUAGCUGUGAGCACAGCCCCUGCCUUCCCCUUGGCCUCCAGCAGCCUGGCUGUGCCAGCUCCCAGCCAUACGUGUCCCCUGGGCUCAGGCUCCAGGCAGUGGGUAACAGCAGCAGGGUAGGAGAUGGCUAACAGCUGGGGGGAGAGGUGCCCUCUCACAGCCUGGCACAGGACAGGCACAGCCCCCUCUGUUCCCCCAGUCCCUGGGAGCGCUGCUGGCCCAGGAGGAGGUGAGCUGGUUGAGCUGCCUGUGGGGAUAGGGAGACUAGAGCCCAAGGAACAGGGGACCCUCCAGCCAGUUAGCCUGGAGCCAGCCAGCACCCACCGGCAACACACCGAGUCUGCCCUGACCCCAGCCUGGUUCUGGCUCUUCCCUAAGUCCUAGGGGGAAGGUGCCCAGGCUGAGAGGGACAUGGUCCUGCUUCUCUGCUGCUGGCCUUGGGUGAGUCCUGGCCCCUGCCUCAGUUUCCCUAUGUGUAAAAUGGGGCUAACAGUGAAUCAUAGAAUAUCAGGAUUGGAAGGGACCUCAGGAGGUCAUCUAGUCCAACCCCCUGCUCAAAGCAGGACCAAUCCCCAGACAGAUUUUUACCCCAGUUCCCUAAAUGGCCCCCUCAAGGAUUGAACUCACAACCCUGGGUUUAGCAGGCCAAUGCUCAAACCACUGAGCUAUCCCUCCCCCCAGGAAUGGAGCCAGCUUCUGAGUUCAUGCCCAGCCCAUUGGGCAGCUCUCAGAGCCGCAGGCUGCCACCUCAGCACUGCAGGUCAGGCUGAGACCACGUGGGUUGCAAUGGACAUAUUUAAUGUGCCCAGGAAGCUGCUGCGGCUGGAGUAUGGCCCCUGGGCCCCCUCUUACACACGCUGGCAUGGGCAGCACUUCUCCCCCGCCAGAACUGCUACCUGGGUGCUAAUGGAGCUGGAUGGACCCACGCUCUGGGGUAGCCGGCCUAGGAGAGUGCCUGCAACGCUGGCAUAGCGCAGACUUGGUCGUGGGCUUGGUACAGGGCUGCCCCCCUCCCCCCUGGCCUGGCACCAGUGCCCUUUGAAUGCUGGCCUUAGCAGGGCCCCCAGCAGGUAGAGGCUCUAGCUCCCUGCUGGGAGGGUAAGGAACCCUGUGCCCAGGGCUGGGGGGUGAGGUUAGAGGAGACACUCCCUGCACCCCUGCCCUGGCUCCUGCCUGAGACUACAGCUCCCAGUGCCAGUCACUGCCUGAAGCGGCCCCACCUGUGCCCCAAUACUGCUGGGAUGGGCACAGGCCAGAGCAGGCACAAGUGCACAAGGCGGCAGCAGGUACAACCGGGAAUCUGCCCUAGCCGCAGCCCCCAGCUCUCUGCAGAGUGGGCUCCAGGCCUGCAGGUACCUGGCCCCCAGGCAAGUGAAUAAAGCUCCCUUCCAAGCAGUGGCAGUGCCAUGUUCUGUAUCCACCCUUGCUACGCAGGUGCCGUGCCAGGGCAACAGAGGGAUGUGAGCGCUGGCCUCCUGGCUGCACUAUGUGGGGCAGAUGGGGGGCUGGAUCACAGCUUGGUUGGAUCACGCCAGGUCUUUCAGGAAGAAGGCAGCUUAGAAGGGGGAGGGGCACCUGGCUCACAGCCCCUCCCUUUUCUACACACCACACCUGUCUCCCCCAUCACUGCAGAGCAGCACUGCAUGAACUGUGCCAGCAAGCGGCCCCCACCCUCUCCAGCAGCAUCUCCCUGCUCAGCCCAGCCCGGGCACCUCCUUUUACUGCAGGCAACUGUGCAGGUUUCAGAGGGAGGGGCCAGCGCUGGGGAGGGAAAGUGACUAGCCUGGGCCCUGAAAUGGGUGUUUCCUGUCCUGUGCCAGAGGGGGAUGGGUCUGCUCAUGGGGGUUAACCCAGGGCAGCGGCGGGGGUGGGUGCCCCUCGCAGGAAGCCCCGUCUCAGGGUGCAGGAGCCUUCACAGAAAACCUUUUCCUCUAGCCAAGACGUGACAGGUGUGCAGGCCUGGCCCCCGACCCCCUGGCUGGCAGGGCCUGGUCCCUCCCUGUACUGGUGCCUGAGGGGCUCCGGGGGGGGAGGGGGGAGGGGAAAACAGGGACUGCUCACCCAAGAGGUGCCUGCAGCCCCCCCCCCCAUUUCCACCCCACUUAACGGCAGC